ACUCCAGCAUUAUCAUUGCGAUUUUAUUACAGUUAAGACUUGAAAAUAAGGGAGGAAAUGGUAGGGACUAGGAAUGGAGUUUGGGGCUAAUAAAGGGCCACCAACCCACUUUCAGCCACAGUCUAGAGUAGACCUUUUACCUUUCUGGUUUUUUUUUUGUUUUUUUUUUUUUGGCAUGCUGUUGAACGGGGAUUUCUCUAUAAUAUAAGCCACCUUUAAAUUGAAAAAAAGAAAAACAAAACACCUUCUUACCAAACACCUUCUUACAAUACAAGACCUAGGUCUCUAUCAUUUGCAGCAGGUGGAGAUGGCAAUAGAGGAAGUUCUCUCUGUGUGUUUGUCUUAGCCGAUAUUGCGCCACCUUUUUUAAGCUUUUGCACCAAUUUAGCUCCAAACCGGCAGUGAAAGAUAGACAACGCUCGAGAAAAAGAAAAUGAAUGUACUUCCACAAGUUCCACCAGGCUUUCGCUUCCAUCCCACAGAAGAAGAACUGGUUGAUUAUUACCUUAGAAAGAAAAUCUUAUUAAGAAAGAUUGACCUAGAUGUAAUUAAAGAUGUUGAUCUCUAUAAAAUUGAGCCUUGGGAUCUUCAAGAGAUAUGCAGAAUAGGGAGAGAAGAGCAAAAUGAAUGGUAUUUCUUCAGCCAUAAGGAUAAGAAAUAUCCAACAGGAAGUCGCACAAAUAGAGCCACGGCAGCUGGGUUUUGGAAAGCGACGGGCAGAGACAAGGCUAUUUAUUCUAAGCAUGACUUGAUUGGGAUGAGGAAAACAUUAGUGUUUUAUAAAGGUCGAGCCCCAAAUGGACAAAAGUCUGACUGGAUUAUGCAUGAGUAUCGCCUUGAAACUUAUGAAAAUGGGACUCCACAGGACGAAGGAUGGGUUGUAUGUAGGGUAUUCAAGAAGAGAAUAACAGCUAUGCGCAAAGUCGGUGAACAUGAAUCUUCGUAUUGUUAUGAUGAUCAAGUCCCAUUCAUUCCCGAUCUAGAUUCCCCAAACCAAACAUCCCUAUCUAAUAACGCUUACCACCACCUUCCCUAUUCCUGCAAGAAAGAGCUUGAUUUGCAGUACCAAGUUCCCCAUGACCAUUACCUCCAGUCACGGGAUCCUCUAAGCUGCAAUCCAAUGGCUGCAUUUGGCCAGUGCUCAUCCCUCACACAGGACCAUCAUAUUCAAAAAACUCAUCACCAACACUUGAAUGCACUCUUUGGGAGCCACAGCAAUGAGCAAGCCGUGGAUCAAACCACUGAUUGGCGCCUCCUUGACACCUUUGUUGCUUCUCAGCUUAGUCAAGAAGAAGAGAUAUAUCGCCAAUCAAAUAAUUACUCAAAUGCACUGUCUUCAUUCUUCGCUGAAUAAGAAAGGGAAGUAAGUUAUGCUUUAAUCCUCUGUACAUAAUAAAACUAUACGAACAAAACACACCUUAACAUUAAUUGUUGAACUCCUAGAUCUUCCCUAGUAGUACUAAAUUAAUGUCAUAUGUGGCUAGGUGGAGUGUUGCUUCGAGGAAUUAAGUUGGUUGCAGCUUUAAUUGUCUUAUGCAAGUAAAGCCUUCUUUUUAUUGUGGCAUAUGGGUUACGUAUAAUAGCCCGAAACAUUGUUGCUUAUUGAUUGACCCGGCUGUUGAUCAUAUAUGUAUACAUAUGUUUAUGUUAAUGAAAUAGUGUUAGAAAAA